CGCCCGCGCCAAGAAUUGCAGCAGACUGACGCCGGGCCGCCGCCUUCGUUAGGUGCUCCCGGCACACCGGCAUCCCCAUGGAUCUCCUUGCCGGCAUCGGUUGCGCCUGUGCCGGGCUCCUGGCGGUGCUGGCGGCGGCGCUGCUGGGGGUGGCGUAUCGCUUGGGGCUCCUCUACCAGCUCUGGCAUAAGGUGGAUCCCCGAAGCCCCCGGCAUGGCGGUGAGCUGGUGGCGGAGGUGCUGAAGGCACACGGCGUCCGCUUCCUCUUCGCCCUGGCUGGCGGCCACAUCUUUUUGGGGAUCCGUUUGGCCACCGCCGUCUUCGCCGCCGAUGCCGUCUCCAGGCUCUCGGGUCGCAUCGGCGUCGCCGCCGUCACCGCCGGUCCCGGCGUCACCAACGCGGUGACAGCCAUCAAGAACGCUCAGAUGGCCGAGUCACCGGUGCUGCUCAUCGGGGGAGCAGCCGCCUCGCUGCAGAAGGGUCGGGGAGCGCUGCAGGACAUCGACCAGCUCUCUCUCUUCAAGACGCUCUGCAAAGCGUGCGUCUCGGUGCGCGCCGUCCGUGACAUCAUCCCCGCACUCCGCAAAGCCAUCGCCACCGCGCAGUCGGGGACCCCCGGACCCGUCUUCGUGGAGCUCCCCAUCGACGUGCUCUACCCCUUCCACAUGGUGGAGAAGGAGAUCGGUGGCACCAAGAGCGGCCGGGGGCUGCGGGGGUCAGCUGUUAUCCAGUGGUACCUCCAAAACUACAUCCGUAACCUCGGUGCCUGGGUGCAACGGUGCGUGGAGCUGGUGAGCCGGGCCACGAAGCCGCUGGUGCUGGUGGGCAGCCAGGCCAUGCUGCCGCCCACGCCGGCCGAGGAGCUGCGCGCGGCGCUGGAGGCCCUGGGCAUUCCCUGCUACCUGGGGGGUGCGGCGCGGGGGCUUCUCCCCCCCGGCAGCCCCCUCCUCCUGCGCCAGAACCGCCGCGACGGCGGCUACCGUGCCACCCACAUGGCCUCACGGUGUUUGUCCCCUCCCCGGCACCAGGUUUGGGUCCUCUACGGUGACGGCUCGCUGGGCUACAGCUUGAUGGAGUUCGACACUUUCGUGCGGCACAAGACGCCUGUCAUCGCACUGGUGGGCAACGACGCGUGCUGGAGCCAGAUUGCCCGGGAGCAAGUGGCUUUGCUGGGCAGCAACGUGGCGUGUGGCCUUGAGUACCUGGACUACCACGCGGUGGCCGAAGCUCUGGGUGGCAAAGGCUUCGUGGUGGGUCGCCCGGACUGCGAGAGGCUGGACACCGUCCUCCGCGCUGCGCAGGAUGCGUGCCGCCAAGGCCACCCCGUCCUCAUCAACGCCCUCAUCGGCAAGACCGACUUCCGCGAUGGCUCCAUCUCGGUCUAGGGACAGUGUCCCCAAAAUGUCCCGGCUGUGUCCCCAGCGGCGAGGGGGACAGAGGAAAGGGGUGGCUUUUUUGGGUGACACUGGUGCUGCGCCCCCCUCCCCCCCCGGGCCCAGCCGUGUCCCCCCGGCAAUAAAGCAGCACCGUGUGCCCUCAC